AUGCAGGUCCAAUUUCAGAAGCUUCAGCAACUGCGCCUCACGCAGUACCAUGGCGGGUCCUUACCGAACGUGAGCCAGCUGCGGAGCAGCGCAGCGGAGUUCCAGCCCUCCCUUCACCAGGCUGAUAGCGUGCGGGGGACCCGCCACCACGGGCUGGUAGAGAGGCCAUCCAGGACCCGCUUCCACCCUCUCCAUCGAAGGUCCGGGGACAAGCCAGGACGACAAUUUGAUGGUAGUACGUUCGGAGCCAAUUACUCCUCACAGCCCCUGGAUGAGAGUUGGCCAAGGCAACAGCAUCCUUGGAAAGAAGAAAAGCACCCUGGAUUCAGGCUGACAUCUGCUCUUAACAGGACCAAUUCUGAUUCCGCUCUUCACACGAGUGCUCUGAGCGCCAAGCCCCAGGACCCCUAUGGAGGAGGGGGCCAGUCGGCCUGGCCUGCCCCAUACAUGGGUUUCUGUGAUGGUGAGAACGAUGUACAUGGGGAAGUGCUCUCUUUCCCGGGCCCAUUGAAAGAAGAGAAUCUGUUAAACGUUCCCAAGCCACUGCCAAAACAACUGUGGGAGACCAAGGAGAUUCAGUCCCUGUCAGGGCGCCCUCGAUCCUGUGAUGUUGGAGGCGGCAAUGGUUUUCCCCACAAUGGUCAAAACAUAGGCCUCUCACCCUUUCUGGGGACCCUGAACACCGGGGGGUCAUUGCCAGAUCUAACCAACCUCCACUACUCUGCACCCGUGCCAACCUCACUGGACACCAGUGACCAUGUCUUUGGUAGUAUGAGUGUGGGGAAUAGUGUGGGCAACCUGCCAGCUGCUAUGACUCACCUGGGCAUAAGAAGCUCUUCUGGUCUCCAGGGUUCUCGGAGCAACCCCUCCAUCCAGGCCACGCUCAAUAAGACUGCACUCUCCUCCUCCCUGAACAGCCACCCGCAGACGUCCGCCCCCAGCGCCUCUGCUCUUCACCCUUCCCUCCGGCUCUUCUCCCUCAGCAACCCGUCUCUGUCCACCACAGCCCUGAGCGGCCCCUCCCGGCGGAGGCAGCCUCCCGUCAGCCCGCUCACGCUCUCUCCCGGCCCCGAAGCGCAGCAGGGUUUCAGCAGACAGCUCUCGGCCACCAGCCCUCUGAACCCCUAUCCUGCGGCGCAGAUGGUGUCCUCAGAUCGAAGCCCACUUUCCUUCCUGCCCACAGAAGCUCAAGCUCAAGUGUCCCCGCCACCCCCCUACCCUGCCCCCCGGGACCUCUCCCAGCCCCUCCUACAGCAGCCGCCUGGCCAGGAGCCUCCUGCUCAGCAGCCCCAGGCCGCCUCAUCCCUGCCUCCGUCCGGCUUCCCGCUCCUCACGGCCCAGGGUUCAUCUUUGACCAGCUUCUUCCCAGAUGUGAGCUUUGACCAGCAGUCCAUGAGGCCAGGCCCAGCCUUCCCUCAACAGGUGCCUCUGGUGCAGCAAGGUCUCCGAGAACCGCAGGACCCAUUUCAUCUGAGACCAAACCUGUAUUCCAACUGCGGGGGUUUCCCCAACACCAUCCUGACAGAAGACUCGAGUACCAGCCUGUUCAAAGACCUCAGCAGUGCGCUGGUGGGCAUGCCCGAGGUCGGCCUGAACAUGGACACUCCAUUUCCAUUGGAAGAAGAGCUCCAGAUUGAACCCCUGAGCCUGGACGGACUCAACAUGUUAAGUGACUCCAGCAUGGGCCUGCUUGACCCCUCUGUGGAAGAGACGUUUCGAGCCGACCGACUGUGAGCAGAAUGGAAUGGGCCAGGAG